AUGGCCCUACACCUCCACCUACACCCGCGCCUGUGCCCCUGGCAGCGUCACGUAUCUCGGACUCUGCCAAGCUCACAGCUUCCGCUCCGCGCUUAUUCCUCUGCUCACGCCCACACCAUCCCCGCCCUCAGACCACCACCCGAGGCCGGGGCGCCCCCAUGUGCCUUGUUCUCCCCUUCGACUCAACCACCAGACGCGACGGUUUUCCACGUCGCGGCCCUACAAGCGCCAGGACCCCGGAAUUUGGGGAGAGAGCUGCUCGACGAGUUCUCCGAGCUCAAGAAGGAGUAUGUCAACAUCGUUGCUCAUUCCAUGGGCGGCCUAGAUGCUCGCUAUAUGCUCUCUUGCCUUGCGCCCUCUAACGUCCGCGUUGCCUCUCUCGUAACCAUUGCUACUCCUCACCGAGGAUCCAUCAUUGCGGACCGCGUUCUCGAUGGCUUAGGCGGCGAGAGAGGCCUGGAGCGCGCGACCAGGCUCCUCGGCCGUGUCGGCCUAGAGAUGACAGGCGUAGAGCAGCUCACCAGACGUUACAUGUCUGAAGAGUUCAAUCCCAUCCCGCCAUCCCUCAUGAACCCCUUCCGGUGGUCUUUUGAUCUGCUCCGGGAGGAAGAGGGUCCCAACGAUGGCCUCGUGAGCGUGGAGAGCAGUCGCUGGGGAACCUACGAAGGUACGCUCAUGGACGUGAGCCAUCUUGACCUCAUCAACUGGUCCAACAACAUCGCCUGGACCGUGAAGGGCUGGAUGGGUAUGGAGCGCCGGUUCAAUGCCAUAGCUUUCUACCUUGGUAUUGCUGAUAUGCUCGCAAAAGAAGGACUGUAA